UCGCAGUUCAGAAUUUGCCUAGCAGCCGGCAGACAAGCCAUGUCGGCAGCCGUCCAUCCUCUCGACGCCAUGCCCUGUCUCGCGUCCUGUCGCUCCGAGGAGCCAGCUGUUGCCGUUACGAGCCAGAACAAGGCGCAUCUGCCCACGUUCGCUGAGAUGGUCACCAGCUUCAAGGCCGAGGUCGCGACGAUGCAGUGCGACGUCCGCCCGUCGUCGCCGCCGGCCACGCUCGACUCGAUCAAGCAGGCCUUUGAGGACAUCUCGUUCGAUCGCAUGCGACGCCACUUGACGACGUCCAAGAAGCCGUUCGUCGUCAUCUCUGGUGUCUCGGUCGAGGUCUUCAACGCCUACUUUGAGGACGACGAAGACGCUCCGGUCGCGCUGCGCUUUGUCGACCUCGUCAACGGUAGCAUCAUCAUCACGGACUUUCCAUCGGAGGCGCACGAGGCGGUCAUCCACAAAUUCGUGAGCGAGUUCCUCCACGCUUCAGGCGAUCGCGAUGAGGUGGCCCCACGUGGUUCGUUCACGGCGUCACGCGGCCGAGGCAGCAAGAAGAAGCAGGCCGAUGCGUCGUUCGGGCCACUGUUCCGCACGCUCAACCGAGGCCCACCGCCGACGGUCGAUGAAGGACCACCUCGCGUGUUGCGUGCGCUCAAGCACUGGGUGACGCUAGCCGUCGAGGUCGGCUACUCACAAAAGUGGAAUGGGCUUCGGGUCGCGGGCAACUGGUGGUCCAACUACGUUGGCGUCAAGUACGUGCUUUUGAUGCGAGUCGACAAGAACGCGACAAAGCUGCAGUACCGUCUGUACGAGAUCACGCAUGUGGGCGACCUACCGGCGCCGUCCCGACGCGGGUCCAUGACGCUGGACAACGCCGCCGGUGCGCAGCACCCGAUCCUUCGCAUCGACACGCGCGUGCUGCUUGCGAUUCCUCCAGGCGAGGCGUUGCCGGCGGACAUGAACGACUUCUGCAACGUGAACCUCCUCCGUGUGCUACAAAAGGCCCAUGAUGUGCUCUGCGACGACUAGCUGUUCGUGCACGUGUUAGUAUAUUCCAUGUACUAACAAUAAUGCAGCCAUGAGGUGACGCAAAAGCCUCACAUUCUCUUAUGGCGUUUUUCUAACA